CAAUAACUGAUAAUGAUAUUGAUAAUGAUCGAGUAAAAGAAGAAUGGAAUAAAGCUUUUAAGCAAUAUGAUAAUAAAGACAUUAUUGAAGAUUUUAUAAAUCAAUUGAACUCAUUCGAAAGUAAUCAACAAAAUAGA